CGACUACGAUUACAACGACUACGACGGUGACGACGUUAAACUAACGAACAGGCUUGAAUAUAUAGUGGUAUUAGUGAAGUAUAAAAACGUCAGUGCAUUGCGCCGCAGCACAUUACAGUUUCACCACGCAGUUGUUUUCGCGUCGUAACUAAAAGAGAAAAUUCAAGAUGACGUAUGCAAAGUUGCUACUUGCGCUUGGGAUUUGGAUGAUCUUCACUAGCGAAGGUCAAACGGACGAUUGGUUGGGCGGAUUUAAAAUGGAUUUGAGUGAAUUCCAACGGGGAAUACAACAGGGUGUACAAAACUUACAAUAUAACAUACAACAGAACGUGGAAAAGUCGUUGGCCGACGUAAGAAAGCUAACCGCAAAUAUCGAAGAGAACGUUCAGGAGGCAAUUAAGAAAGGAGAACUGAAAAGUUACGCAACCGACGGUAGUACGAUUAUCACGAGUGGUCCUGGUACGAUUAUUACUAAUGGUGGUCUUGGUACGUCAAGGAUAAUCACGUCAGGACAUCUCCCUAACGGUCAACCAUACUCUUAUGACAUCGAGGAUAAAGUGAUAGGUAGAACUUUUUAUCACACCGAAAAAUAUUACAAUCAGACGAAGGGAGGAAUCGACGUAACCGGCUAUACUUUAGACCUUGAUGAUCCUAAUGCUAAACCCGUUCCGCUUAAGCCACACUCGUAACAUCCUCGUAACGAGCACGGCUACAAUAAUAAUUUUUUUAUCCAAAAAAAAAAAAAGAAAAAAGGAAAGAAAGAAAGAGGGAGGAAAAAAGGUUAUCCCUUUAUCCGCGUAAAAUUUUAUCGAUACAUUGUUUUUGCAAUUAUUGUUAAAUGUAAAAGUAAAGAAUAAAGAGCUAUCGAAAUAAAUGC